AUGGCGGAUUCUGAUGCAUUCUACGAGAUUGUCGAGGAGGCAGUGCAAGAUGUGGCAGUUAUAAGCUGCGCCGUUCUCAACCUCCCCAAUUUCUUGGAGUACUUUAACAAGAAAAAGGACCCCACUGAAAAGUUGAUUGCAGCGCUCCAACAGAUCAAGGUUGACAUCAUAUCGGCUUUCUAUGAAGAAGCUCUUAGGCUUCGUUUUGGCGUCGUGUACGCCAUUGCUCUCGAUUGUUAUCGAGAUCAAAAGAGAAUUAAAGAAGUUGGCAUCACCAAGGCUACAUUAGCCCCUGGUGGGAAACUGGACUAUCUCCACGACAGCCUCAUUGACUCGAUUAGCAAACUGCGAGAGUGUAACUACUACUUUCUCACCCGCCGGCAGCUCAAACCAGAUCCACCAUUGGUCAUUGCAGGUAUAAUCCUAUGUGGAACGAUCCUCGGCACUCUCAAUGCCGUUGAGGCUUAUGUCUACUCUGUGAAGGGCAAUGAGAAUCAGAACGGACAAGGAGGCCAGAGAGACGUCGAGGACAAGCAGAAGGAUGUCCUUUCUGGCCUCAACGAAAGUAACGACGUGGUUGAGCAAUGGGUUGAGUACUAUCUCGCUCAGCGAAGGGGACUAGUCCAAACGAAGACGAUAAUCGACGGUGACCCUAGUAUUUACCCGCCGAGUGCCCGAAUUCAGGGGUGGGCAGUCGUAAGCGAUGGCUUCCAAGGAGACAGUUUGCUGAAGAAUUUAACGGGCGGCGAGAUUACAAAGUUUAGUGAGGUGAAAACAGACACUGAUCAUGGUUUGGUUCGCUGCUUGUGGGAGGGAACAAAAGCGGCGUCUAGUCUGAACGAGUUGCUGUUUAAGUGGAAGAAUACUCGACGGCUUGCAGUUCCUAGCGCACGACCUCGCAUUCUUGAAUGA